AUGGAGUACCCACCUCAAUAUCAACAGCCUCAUGGGCAACAUCCACAUGCUUCCCCUCAUAUCGCUGGUCCUUAUCAGACCGGCCCACCAAACGCUGGCCCUCCUGUUGGUUCGAUGGCGUCACCCACCAACGCCCAGGCACCCAUCCAACCUCACACCGCCCACCAAACAUCUCCCAUAGUCCCAUCGCAACCUCAUUAUCAACAAGCACAGAAUGGUCCUGGUGCUGUUCACCAACAAAUGAACUUCCCCCAGGGCUAUGGUGUCCCUGCGCCCAUGGCCCAAGGCUAUGGUAUUUCACCGACUCAAGCUGCCGCAAUGGCCACCGCAGCUGCAUCUGGGCAGUUCUAUCCUCUUCACCAGGACUCUAUGGCCGGUCAAAUGCCACAGGGUUCCCGAGCCUCACCACGUAUGGCAAACAUGCAAAUGAAGCAGGACCGCGAUCCCCGAUCACCGCAACAGAUGCAAAACCAGAUGCCUCCAAUGGGAACUCAGGUUCAGAUGCCACCAAAUCAGCAAUUGAACCAACGUCGUAUGAGCCAUGUCGGCGGUAGCCCUGGUGUUCAGAGUGCACAGCCAGUGAUGAGCCACGUCGGCCGACCCACCAUAGCUCCUCCGAUCCCCCAGGCACCCGUACAACAAAACCAACCUUCGCCGGAUAUGGUCCCUGGAAGCAACCAAGAAGAAUCGCCCUUGUAUGUCAAUGCCAAACAAUUCCAUCGCAUUCUGAAGCGUCGUGUAGCACGGCAAAAGCUUGAGGAGCAGCUGCGUUUGACAUCAAAGGGUCGCAAGCCUUAUUUGCACGAAUCACGACACAACCACGCCAUGCGAAGACCCCGUGGACCUGGUGGACGGUUCUUGACCGCAGAUGAAGUGGCCGCUAUGGAGAAACGAGCAGAGGUAACAGGCCAGCCAGUAACUUUCGAAGAUCUCAGCAAACCAUUGCCAACCGAGAACGGUGGUGCGCAGAAGCGUAAGUCUAGCGAAGUCAACGAUGAUACCUUGAACUCUUCCAAAAAAACGAAGGUUACCGCUAGCGCCGAUGGAAGCGAGGGUGAUUCUGCCGAUCCCUCGGAUGAGGAUGGCUGA